CACUGCUUUUCAAAUAGUAGAGGUCUGCUGGGUCUCCUGGAAAAUUUAAAGGCAAAUUUGGAGUAAAAUUGACAAUGGACUUGAUCUGGAACUUUUCCAUGGAAACCUGGGUUUUUCUGGUUCUCUGUCUCCUGCUUCUCUAUGUAUAUGGGACCUACACAUAUGGACAUUUUAAGAAGCUGGGAAUUCCUGGUCCAAAACCUCUGCCUUUUUUAGGGAAUGUAUUGUCCUAUGCCCAGGGUUCAUGGAAGAUUGAUGUAGAGUGCUAUAAAAAGUAUGGAAGUAUUUGGGGGUUAUUUGAAGGUAGACAACCGGUUUUAUUGAUCAUGGAUCCAGACAUAAUCAAGACAGUGCUUGUCAAAGAAUGCUAUUCUACCUUUACAAACCGCCGGGAAAUUCGUCCAGCAGUCCUGAUGAAAAAAUCAGUCCUCUUAUCUCAGGAUGAGCAGUGGAAGAGAAUACGAACAUUGCUGUCUCCCACUUUCACCAGUGGAAAACUGAAGGAAAUGUUCCCUAUUAUUGAACACUAUGGAGAUAUGUUGUUGAAAAACCUGACUCGAGCAGCAGAGAAAGAUGUGCCAGUACCUAUCAAAGACAUCUUUGGGGCCUACAGCAUGGAUGUCAUUAUUGGCACAUCAUUUGGAGUAAAUGUAGAUUCCCUCAACAACCCACAAGAUCCCUUUGUGAAAAAAACCAAGAAGUUCUUAAAUUUUGAUAAUUUCAAUCCCUUGAUUUUUUCAGGGUGUAUCUUUUCCUUCCUUAUACCAAUAUAUGAGAUGUUAGGUAUAUCCUUAUUUGCAAAAGAUUCUACAGAAUUUUUCAUUGACUUUGUAAAAAAAGCUAUAGAAAAUCGCCUGGAAAGUAACCAAAAGCACCGGGUGGAUUUUCUUCAGUUGAUGAUGAAUUCCCAGAAUUCCAAAGACACAGAAUCCUAUAAAGCUCUGUCUGAUGUGGAAAUCACAGCCCAAUCAGCUAAUUUUAUUUUGGCUGGUUAUGAGACUACUAGCAAUUCCCUUUCCUUCAUUAUGUAUGAAUUGGCCACUCACCCUGAUAUACAGAAGAAAUUGCAGCAGGAGAUUGAUGCAGCUUUACCCAAUAAGGCAUUUCCUACCUAUGAUAUCUUGGUACAGAUGGAGUACCUGGACAUGGUGGUGAAUGAAACUCUCAGAUUAUACCCGAUUGGUAACAGACUAUCAAGGAUCUGUAAAAAAGAUAUUGAAGUUAAUGGAGUGUUCAUUCCCAAAGGGACAGUUGUGAUGGUACCGAUAUAUGUUCUUCAUCGUGACCCAAAAUACUGGAAAAACAGCAAGGAUUUCUGCCCUGAAAGGUAAAAGAUUCCUAGAAAGCAUGUUUUCCCCAUUCCCCCUCCCUAUGCAUAAAAUGAUUAAUUUCAGAUAUUUUAUAAGAAUAGAGAUGAUUCUCUAUUAAGAAUCUAAAGUAGAGGAUUCCUGAGAACAUGGCGGACAGACAACAGCAACUGCUGAACGCUCUCUAAAGGCUCGGCUCAGAGGCCAGGAAUGAUGCGGACUAAGGAGAUACGAACCAGUAGAGAUAUGCUCUGCUGACUCAGGAAAGAACUGGGCUGAGAGAAUCCAACUUGGAAUACAGCCCUGGCGCUAAAAUAGGAACAGAAAAAUCUCGGUGUGGAGACUCGACUCCGCGCCAUCGGAAACCGCGGUUUGGAUUUCCCGCCGCGCGGCGGCCAGCCACCUCCACAGCGGCUCAGCAAGGAGAGACGCGACCCCCGAGCUCUGGGAACGGGCGUCUGGGAACGGUCUCGGAAACGCGACGGGCAGGAAGGAAGGCUGACUGGUGGCGAGGUGAGCGAGGAACUGACUCCCUACCGCAGUCUGACUCCAGCGGAGGAUUUUCUGGGCGCGGGCAGUCCUGUAAGAGCAGGGCGCGGCGGCAACUGCAGCCGCGCAUUUCCCUCUCGGACGGGAUUGGUGAAAGGUGCCUGGCCGGAGGGACGCUGCUCGCGGACUCCCUAGGCUGGCCUAGCCCAGAUCCCAGAGCCUGACGGUGGCCCGGAGGAGCCACCGACUUCCGCAUAGGCUGCUUCCUCCGCAAGUCUCUGGGGCGCAGCGGUGAGCGGGAACAACUAGCCAGCGCAAUUCGAUCAAGCUGUAGCUGACAGGCAGGGAAGCCGGGCCUCCUGUGUAAGAUUACAUUUUAUAAGGAACAGAAAAUAUGGGGAAGGGAAGCAACAAAAAAGGCUCCUCGACCCCCAAUCCUGAGAAUCAGGCAAUAGUGGACACUGUACCAAUAUACAUUAAGCGCCAUUUAGAGAGCCUCAUAGACCAAUUCAGGAAUGAAGUUAUCAAUGACCUGAAGCUAGAAAUAUGCAGAAUAGUUAGAGAAAUGCUAAGCACCACCCAGGAAAAAGCAGAUGGUGGAGUGGAAGAACAGAAAAAGAGGGGAGAAUUGCUUGAUGGAGAAAACAGAGAAAGCAUUGAGUAUGUGAAGCAGGUGCAAAGGGACUAUCAAGAAAUCAAGAAAUAUACCCAAGACUGGCAUAACAGCUUGAAAGAAACUAAGGACAGACUAUCUGAAUUGGAGGGCAGACUUGAAACAUGGGAGAAUGAAAUGAAAAACUUCUUAAAAAUAACAAAGAAACACACAGCAAUAAUACAAAGACAAGAAGAUGAUAAGAGGAGCCAUAACUUAAGGAUUAAGAACAUAAAAGAAGAAGUAGGGACACAAACAAGUGAACUACAAAAGCUACUCACAGAAAUAAUCCAGGAGAAUUUUCCUAAUUUAGCAAAA